AUGGUGUUCUUGAGAAUUAAUAAGCAAGCAUAUUAUAAGACAGUUUUGGGAGGAUGUGCUUCUAUUGGUGUGAUGGGAAUAAUGAUGCUUAUUUUCAUCACAAAUUUUAUUGCCUUUAUAUAGAAAGAAUAGUUAAAAGUUAUUACGAUUUCAGAGUACGAUGAUAAUGUUGAUCAUAUUGCUUUUAAUAACUCAAAUUUUUUAUUUGCUGUUUAGAUUGAAUAAGACCAUUUUAUUGAAAACCCUUAUUUUAAUAUUACUUUGAAAUAAAAGUAUACUUUUAUUAUGAUCAAAGAGUUUAUUCUCGCAAUUUAUAAGGAGAUCUUGAAAAAAAGACAGUUCCUAUAGAAUUAGUUCCAUGUACACUGGAUCGUUUCAAUUAAAUUUUUGCUGAAAACAAUGUCAAUUUCAAUUAAUAAUUUUAAUAACUUCAAUUAAAUGAUUUUCUGUGUCCAUAGUAUUUAUUUAAUUUCAAUAUAUAUUUUAGAAUUAAUACAGAAAUUCAUAUUGGAGGAACUUAAUCAAGUAAAUAUCUUAUUGAUAUAAAUAAAUAGGUGCUUUGUUCUAUUUUAUUGAUCUAUCAGUUUCAUAAUGCUAAAAUAAUUCAUCUAAUUAAUGGAAACCCAUUUGUCGUAAACCUGCUUAACAUACUUUCAAAAUUAAAUUACUCACAGUAAAUUAAGUAAAACAAAAACACACAUUCUAAUAGAUUAUAAACCCCUAUAAACCAAAAGAAUCUUAUGUUCAACCUUUCAUAGAUGAUUCAUUAACUUUUACAUUCAAUCUCAAUCUAACUAAAUCUAUUAAUGCUUUCGUUACAAAAUAUGAUUUUCUUAAUGAUGAAAGCUUACUUCCUAUAAGGUAAAUUUAACCUUUCUAUUUUAAAUAUUAGCAUGAUUGAAGAAAAGUCUUUUUUUGUAUUAGAUCCAACUGAUGUAUAAUAAGAUUACACUGAGAUUAUUGAAGACUCUUAUGUUAAAUUAUUACUUCGCAAGAAACCUUUUAAAACUAAGUUUUAGAGACAAUAUCAAAAAUUAGAUGAAUUACUUUCCAAUAUUGGAGGUAUAUUAUAAAUAUUCUCUUUUUUUAUUGGAUUACUUGUAACUAUAUAUAAUCGAAUUAAUUGUAUUUCUUAUAUAUUUUUGAUUGUAGAUAUGGUUGAAUUAGGAAAUAAACUAUAUGAUUUUAGUAUUGAUGAUUCAGACUAAAAGAAAAUAUAUCAUGACAAUCUCAAGAUUCUUGCAGAAACUUAAGCUGCUGCUAAUAUUGCUAAGGGUUCUUAAUCAUAUUAACCAUUACAAAAGGCUAUUCUUACAGAUAAUGAAAUUCGUAUAACUGAUAGUUAGACAUAACCACUUAAAUAAGAAUAAAGUUAAUAAUUAAUAUAUCUUUAGAAUUAUAAACUAAAUUAUGUUGUUCAUCUGGAUUAGAUUAUUUUUAAACUUAAUUAUAAAAAAUGUUUGAGAAAAAGAAACCAAUAGAUUUAGAUUUACAAAUAUUUUUUAAUUUUAUUACAUGUGGUUUAUUAUUUAGUGAAAUUCCAAAGGUCAAAUUAAUGAAUAAAGCAUAGUAUUUUAUAUUUAUUAAUUCUAAGUGAUUAAAUUAUUCUAUAAUCAGAUAUUUACUCUCUAUUAACUAGAUUGAAUGAAAUUGAUAAAUUAAAAGAAGUACUAUUAACUCCAAAUUAAUUGGUUAUGUUUAAUUUUACUCCAAAACCAUUAAUUACUUUAGAAGAUGAAGAUCUUAAAAUCAAUAGAAAUAUGGUAGAAAAUUAAAUUAAAACUCCAUAAGAUAAGUAUCAAUAUUUGAUUAUAAUAUAAAGUAAAGAAGAUAUGUUAGUAUAUACAAAAAUGAUGAUGAAACAAAAAAGAUAAAAUAAAACUGGAAAGAAUCAUGAAUCAAUUAGAACAAAAAAGAGAUCGAGCUUUAUUCCAUAACCUCUUAAUAAUUAUGUGUAUUAAUAAAUUUAUAAUGUAAAAUUGUAAACUAAAAUAUAGGCAUACGAAGAGAUUGUUAAAAAGAAAUCUGAAUCUAAUGAAAUUCUAAAUUCAUAACUUAUAUAAAUGUUAGGGGCAGAAUUAGAAUUAGUUUAUAAGGUUUGUUAAAAAAUUGAUUAGGAUGGAAAACCAUUUAAUUCUUAUCAUCAGAAAUUAAAAUCAUCCCUUUGUUAAAAUAAAUGUCUUAUUUAAUAAGAUAUUGAAAAAUAAAAUGAUAGCACAUGA